AUGCCUAAGUUUUAUUGUCACUCCUGUGAUCCAUACCUCACCCACGAUUCUCCAUCCGUGAGAACACACCACAGUGGUAGGAAACACAGAAAAUGUGAAGGACUUCUAUGGGAAUGGAUGGAAGAGCAGGCUCAGAGCCUGUCUGAUAAAAUAACGGCUGCAUUUCAACAAGGGAAGGUACUUCCUACUCCAUUCUCUGCUCCUGCUCCUGUAGGGGUGAUGAUCCCACCUUGCCCCAGUCUCCUGGGUCCUCCUCACCCUGUCACAGUGCCAUGCCAGCACUCCAUGGGGGGCCCUCCUAUGAUGCCAGUGAUGGGCCCUCCUUUUCCUGGGAUGACGCCAGUAGGAUCUGCUCCUGGAAUGAGGCCAUCAUGGAAGGCCACAUGCCCAUGA